GGUGUAGCGAGCGGAAGGUGUUCUCAAUUUGUCGCACUGAAUGAGAUUGUCGCCGGUCUCUGUAUUAGAUAAGUGGCUUUUACAUUUCACUUAAGGUGUACAUCAACUUAUAUUUGUCGAAAUAUUCCCAUGAAUCUAUUUUUCUUACUUAAUUCUCAUUUGAAUGGCAGUGGAAUCAGUAAAAUUACCUUUUUAUUUUAAGCAUCAAACUGAUAUAUUACUAUAAGUAAGAAUAUUUUACUAGAAAAUCAGCAACUCAGUCCAGUAGGCCUAUUCGCUAACUGCUUUUGAUAGAUGGAAGUGAUAAUCAUCGAGCUGUUUAGUGAUCCACUACUGCUUUAUUAUAACGCCACUAAGAUACUUGUUCUAAAAAGCAGCGAUGACUACGCAAUUUUCUCUUUAGUUUAACACUGUAAAUGUCAUAAAAAUUUGAUCUAAUAGGUAGGUAAUUAAGCUUUAGAAAAAAUAGAAAUUUUAAAAUAAAAUUUACUUUAGUAAAUAACUAGUGGAGAUCUUUGCGGAAUGCUUAUGCUCAGCUGUGGGCGUCGUAUGGAUGAAUGAUGAUAUCAUAAGUGACUUUAAACAAAAAGAACAAUAGUUUAAGUAAGCGUCUGGUUUAUUUGUCAAAUGAUUUGAAGUCGAAAAAUAUUAUACCAUAAUCAUUUAAUAACCUACCAUAACUAAAGAAGUAAAAGGUCGCAAAAAAUAUUGUUUCUUGUUUUGAAAACGCAAAAUACCGCACAUACCACUCAUCAGGCGAACGCUGACCUUAAUACCAGUUUAAUAAAAAAACUGGUAAGACGACCUUUUGCGUAAAGUUCAGAUGUCCAUAUGUUUCUUCAAUGAACAAAUUAGUAAUGAGUGGAAUAGUGGAAUGUUCGCUGUUUGUAACGUUAAAAAGAAGGAACUAAAAUGUUAAUAUUAAAUUUAAUAAUAAUACUUUGUGUGGAGUGUUUCGUGGACAGUGUGUCUAUUCAUGGUUCAAAAGAAAAACGAUCACCCCAAGAUCCUUAUGGACCGCCACCUGAUUUAUAUGAAAGAGGUCAAAGAGAAAACCGGAGACAACCAGAUAGAGGACCUCCAUCGACUAUGAACAGAGGACCGCCUCCAGGUAGAGGUCCUCCUCCAAACAGAGGUCCUCCUCCUAAUAGAGGACCCCCUCCAAAUAGGGGACCUCCACAAAAUCGGGGACCACCACCUCACGAGGAACCACCAUUCAAUUGGGAUCGACCCCCGUUUCAGGAAGAAUGGGCUGGUGGAAACAGAGGUCCACCAGAUAAUCGAGGACCACCGCCGAACAGGGGACCACCAUAUGAUCGAGAACCUCCUCCUUACGGACCACCUCCUCAUAUGGAACCAUCACCACCUCCAUACAAUUGGGAUCGACCCCCUAUUCAAGAAGAUUGGACUGGUGGAAACAGGGGUCCACCAGAUAAUCGAGGACCACCGCCGAAUAGGGGACCACCACAUGAUCGAGAACCUCCUCCUAACAGGCCACCUCAUACGGUACCAUCCUAUGAAGAAUCAUAUGUCUAUGGUCAACGACCACCAAUUCCUACUAACAAUGAUGAUGAUAGAUUUGGACUAAGGGCUGAGUCAGAAAAUGCCAAUCUUUUAAAUAUUCCGAAGCCUAUUAUCGAUAAAGUAACUCAAAGUAAUCCUUUAAGUGUUGAUAAACAUGUGGUCAUAAUUAAUGGUGUUCCUAUAUAUCAAGUGGUAGCUGUUACUCCUGAAUGUUAACCCUUCGAUGGAAUUCACUGUUUUGUAAUGUCCUACUAGUUAUAUCAAUAAUAAAAUACCCCGUGGAGCCCUGGAACUUUACUAACAGACAGAAACACAACACCGCUAAAAGUGGUAGUAGUAUUCUGUAAGGUGGAGGUUACUAACCUUAGAUUACAUUUUUGAAAUCCACCAUUUUUAUUUGUUAAUGAUUAAGAAAUUUAAUAAAAUCCAUCAUAUAAAUAUACAUCUUUAAAAUAUACCUCUCUUAACUUUAUUUCAUUGUAUACUUAACAAAAAUAAUAAUUUGUUUAUUUCUUUAUAAUAAUUUUAUGUUCUCUUUAGGUUAUUACCGUCAAUAAAUAUGUAUAUAUGUAUAUUUGUAGAAAAUAUAGACCGAAAUACUUUAGUUACCUAUUAUUCUUAGGCACAAUGAAAUACUUUGCAUGUAUUUCAAUAGUAAUGUAUUAAAAGAUAUAUGUAGGAAUGAGUUAAUUUCUUCAUUUUAACUAUUUAGCUACGAUUUGCUUUUUAAGAUUAUAGAGAUAUCUUCUUUACCUGUAAUAUUUUGGAGUUGAUUACUUUUUUUUGGGAUUUGUUCGAGCAAUUAUUUAAUAAGAAAUGUGAUAUUUUUUUACUUAAUUUGGUGAAAUGUCAUCCAACAUAUUUUUUCUAAGUUGUUUUCAGAUUUUGAGCCCCAUUCUUUGUGAAACUGCACCGUGUUAAAACACCAGUAAUUAACAAGGCUUAUAAAAUAUUGUGCUUUUUAUUUGUUUUGUCAUUAAGGCAAUUCAUAUUGAGCUGGUAUCGAGCUAAUACUGACUCAAUGUUUUUUUCAAUGUUUUAAGAGGUUUAUAGGCCGACGAAAUAAACCAUCAAUUAUUUAUUGCGAUAAUGCUGCAACUUUCAAAGGUGCAAACAAUCAACUCCAGGAGCUGUGUAAUCACUUCUAUCAGGAGCACCGAAAUAAAGGCACCAGAAUUGCAGAGGAAAUAAAUAUUAACAAAUAAAUAUUAAUUUAAUAUUAUAAAAUCAAUAUUAACCUAUUUAUGUAUAAUUAAAAAUUAACCUCGUGUUCCUUACUUCCGUCACUCCGUUUGCUAUUAUGCUAAAACGUGAAGAAAAUAUAAAAUGCCUAAACUACUAUUUGUUACUAUUUUAUUCUGUUGCAAUUGACUAUCGGCGACUGAGCUGGUUGUAUGAUGAAGUACCAAGGAUGUGUUUUUUUUGUUAUUUCAUACAACUGAUUAGUUUUUCUUUUGGCCAUUUACAUCUGAACAAUGAUUUUGUAUGUUGACAAUUUCCAUAUAUGUAAUGUAAAACAGAAAUUCAUAAUUUAUUGACCAAUUCUUUAAAGUUCGUCACUGCGAAUCUAAUUUUCUUCACGCCCAAAAGAAUAUCACUUCAUAAACCAAACACUUCAUUAAAAUGCUAAAUGCACAUUUUUUUUAAGUUCAACAUGUUUGCCAAUGUUUUCGUUGCAAUGAAUUUAAUGAAAAUUAAAACUUAACGGAAAUAAUAUGAAGAACAUGUUUUCGUGAGAAUAGCAAUAGAAUAAGUAACUUAUUUUUAAAUUUUAUGUGAAUGCUAUUCUUACUCAUGCGAUGCUUACAAAUAUAGGAAUUAAACCUUUUUGUACUACAUUAAAAACUCCAAUUUAUUAUUUUACUCUUUAUUCACACACACACAAUCCACAUGAGUAUGCUAUAAUUACGUUAUGGUAUAUAAAAUCCUUGUACACAAGAUAUCCCUUAUGUUCUUACUAAAGUGAAAAGCGACCCCCAAUCUAAACGGCACCUUUGGUAAACUGGUUUAAAAUAACAACAAUAUAAAUGUCUGUUAUUCAAUCCAUCAUGUAUUUGAAAAAGCAACAGAAAAACCUUAAACCUGGCAAUGAUAUUUAAUAAUAUAUUUGUAAUCGUUUUCGGUCUAGUACGUAGGCAUACACCUUCCAUCAGGAGAACGUAGAUAGCCAGGGAGACAGCCCCCAGUAAAAUUCUCUUUUCCACUAUCCGUGCCAUUAUUUGAAGUUGAAUCUGGAACUUUUUCAGUAACAAAUGUAAUAGAAUCAGCUGUGUUUCCUGGUUUGCUUGUAGUGCUUGUAGUUAUGAUAUCAGUCUUCAUAGUUUUUGGAUUUUCAUUAAUAGGAUCCUGUUUUUUUGUAGUCAUUUGAGAUGGUGUCAAACUAUACCCCGGCUUUCUCGUCGUACUUGCGCUCAAAGGGGUAAAUUGAAAUGGUCUUGAAUCGUCAUCAUCAUCAUCGAAGAAAAUAAUUGCAGUGUUAUCUGUCGUUUCGACAUUUUUACUUUCAUGUCGUAUCACCUUUCUAAUGUCGUGCCUCACAUUCUCAGCCGUUUUGUGUAUUCCCCCAAAAAAAUCUUUUAUUAAUUGUCCUUGUAUUGAUUCAUAUUUAAUUAUGAAAAUUGCACAGCACAAUAUAAAUGCAAAGAGAAACCGCAUUUUCAAUCUUACAAUAAACACGUCUGAUUUUCUCUCACUAAACUGAGUGCUUGACUAAAAUAUAAGUUUACAAAGAUAACACAUGACCGUU